UACGAAAUCAGAGGGCAGCACACGGUGCGAUCGCGCGACCCUGCACGUGAGCAAUCUCCCAACUCAUCUCUGGUGUGUACACCUCGUUGCUGAGGAUGAAGUAACUUUAUUUACAAAUGGCGGCCGAACAGUGGAUGGAGGUUAUUAAGGAUGCUAAAAAGACAGUACUCGUUCAAGAUGGUAAAAAGAAAGUCCAUUAUUUAUUGGAGGAUGGGAGGGAAAUGGUUGAAGAAUAUCUUUUAGACACAAUGGUAUUGACAAAAAGAGCAUGGAAGGAGAAGGGAAAGCUGGGACAAGAUAUAGGAUGGUCGGUCGAAGUUGGAGAUCCUGAAUUGAAACAGCCGGACAAUCUGGAAAUUAGUGGGAUCAGGGAAAGCUCAAACGCGCCCUUUAUUACUAGAAGAAACACAAAGACUGCCUUAGAAUGGAGAAUUAGAAAUCUACCAUAUCCGGAAAAUGUGUACUCGGUAACGACUGAAGACGACGGUGCAAUAGUUGUGCGGACUAGUAACAAGAAAUAUUUCAAAAGGAUAAGAGUACCGGAUUUGGAACGUGUUGGUUUAAAGCCAGAUCAAGGACGCCUUUCUUUCACGCAUAAAUACAAUACGCUUGUUAUAACGUACAAAAAGCCACCCGUACUUCUAGAUUUUGAAAAAAAGGUUCUCGACGAAUUAUCAAAAUUGAAGCCUAUGAAAGAAGGAGACGUUCAGUGCCCUACAAAUUAAUAAAACCAUUUCGUCAACCUUUUAACCUGACAUUCUUAAUUUUUGACUCUACAGUUCGUGUUUAUUAUCAUGCUUGGCAUUAAUCAGUCUAAAGAAUACGACUCGUACAAUUCAACUUCCUAUUUAUUUGAUCUCAUUCGUUACUGACAUUCGGACAUUGAAAUAAAAACAACUACAUCGUCGAGUCAAUUGUACAACAUUCGAGAAGUCUACUUCCAUCGAGGAAUAAAAUUUCAAAUCGGAGAAUCUAACCGGUCGAUUCCAGAAGAUCCAGCCAACGGUGGCCAUUCCCUAACCUUAUUCCAGGGAUCGAGUCGAGCACAUUCCAUUUAUUUAUAGUUUUCCUACAGGCGUAUACAAAUUUAUGUGAAACCUUUGUGCCUGAUAACCUCAAACUAUUUUCAAUCUGCCACGUACCUUUUCAUUCUGGAGCCGAGACAUUUCAGAUGUUUGAAAUAUAUAUUCGUGACCUA